AUUUCAUUUGUAUAUUUAUGGUUUCCUUAAUGAUGUUAGUAGCUCAGAGUAUAUAGUGUAAAGUGAAAGGAUGAUAAAAGAACAAGUUUUAAAAGGGUCUUCGUUAUGCCACAUCAUCAGCAGGACAACCAAAAGACAUGACAAAUGCAAUAAUGAUAGCAAAGGUAAAAGGUCAUUGUUGUAACAGUGAUGAAAGACAUGGCAGACAUGGAUGGGCCCAUAUGGUGUUAUUCAGUUGCAUUAAAGAAGCGCCCAAUUAUGAAUUGGCUAGAAAUGCUGAAUGAAGUUCUCCGCUAUCAUAAACCUGACACAUGGGACAGUGUGUCUUAUGGUCAACAGCGGUACCGAAAAGUCCAAGUGUUUGGUGAGGAAUAUGACAAGAUUGCAGGCAAAUUCACACCUGAACUGAGAACACAUGUUCAGAUGAUUUAUCGUGUACAGAACCCCUACUUAUACGGACGAUAUAAAUUAAAAGUUGAACAACUUCAGCUCAAGGGGCAAGUUUAUGAGGAAACGUAUUAUCAUCCAAUAUAUGAGGAUGACAUGAAUGUUGUCAUGGAAUACAACUGUGAUUUUAGACGUUACACACAUGCAUCCAAUGUGCAGCAUGAUGGGAAGAGGCCAAGAUUUUAUAAGUCUGCUGAAAUGGCAGAAAGAAAUUUCACCAGCAGCAAUAAGGCGCUUGUGGUGGUAAAAGUUGUUUCUACUGACAUAUCUUCCUCUUCUCAUUGCUACAAAGCCUGGGACACUGAAUAUUACCCAGAAUAUAUAGUUGUUUUUACUCAUUAGCGAUUUGAUAUAAAGACAAAGAAGGUUGUAACCAGGUGUGACAACAGAAUUUUAAAACACUGGUGCACAAACUUAUUUCAAGCUAAAAUUGGUCAUGGUUGAGUUCAUGAGCAAAAGCACUUACUAUUUUGAUGUGGAUAUUCGAGAGUGUAUAAGAAGGCCUUUUUUUUGUCAUUUUAUAUGUAUUAAAAGAAAAACAUGGCUAAAUUGUGAUGGUGCUAGCUUAAGCCAAGAAAGGUGCACUUUUGUAUAGUUUUAUAGGAUUAAAUGUUCAAACAAAAUGGAUUUUAGAUUUUUACUUUAAUAUGGAAUGUGAAGUAUUUUUCCAUAAUUAGUAAUGUUAGUAAAUGUAAGUAGCAGUUCAUGAUUAGCUUAUUACUGCAUGUCUCAUGAAUAGUAAUCAGAUAAUAAGGGAGAUGCAGAUUAAUUUUAUUUAAAGCAAUUAUUUUCAGUUAAGUUCCUUGUGAUCAAAGAGAGAGGUUGGUUUUGUCUUCUGUAAAUCAUAAUUGUAAAAUGUCAUACUGUAUCAGUGACUUGUUUGUUAUUUUAAAUGUCACUUCUAAGUCCUCGAAAUGAAAACUGAAAUUAAAAAUAAGAAUUUUCCUUUAAUAUCAUGGAGCUCCUUGUGACCCUAUGCUAUUUAAUGGUGAUAGUGCAAUGUGACAAUAUGUGAAAACAUUAAAAAGAAAUAUCUGAAUUUUCAUAUUGUGAUAAUCAAGGUCCUGAAUUUGAAGCCAGUAAAAUCAACAAGUUGCAUUCUAUGUUUUUUAACACUAAAUAUAAUUAUUUUAUACUGAUAGUGAAAACUAAGUAAAAUAUAUUUAUCAUUUAAUAAUAUUUGCUUGUUUUAAAUGCUACUAAAAUAUACUAUAGUCACUACAACUUCACAGCAAAACUUGUUACUUUGUUCAAGUACACUAAAUAUGUUUCUAGAAAAUUUACAGACAGAUUUUUUUUCCUUUGUUUAAUUUCAGUUCAUGUUCUGCAGUGUGUUCUGAGAUGAAAACAGAACUACGUUCAGGAUUUCAGUUUGAAAAGACAAAAAGAGAGGUUAAGAAUCUAUGUUUUUAUAUCACCAUCAAGUGAUCAGUUAUGAAUAUUUUCACUUGGCCUUCGCAAGCUAAAUGUGAUCAGAAAGUACAUCAGAAGAACAAUGCCAGUACUGUGUAUUUAGUUAAUCAGCUCUUUUUUAAAUAUAUAUUGCACUAGCAUUAUGAUGAGUGCAACAUCUUAAUAGUGUUGUGUAGUAGUACAUUGAUUUCAUUCAGUAGUUGUUUUUGCAAUUUGGUACAAGGAAAAUCUGAGUGAGUUUGAUUACCCUGUCAUCCAAAGACUGAAAAAAUGAUUUCAUAUGUGUUUUUUAAAGUUCUCAAUAAAAAUGAAUAAAUGAUACA